AUAUUAUAUAUUAUAUACUCCGUCCAGAACAAGGAAACCAAAAGCCAAAGAAGCUGCCUAUAGUUUAUUGUCUUCUACAAUCAACAACUACACAGAAGAAGAAACCAAAGAAGAAGACCAAAGCAAGAAGAAGAAGAAGAAGAAGCUAUGAGCUGCUGUUGCGGAGAUGAUUGCGAAUGCAGGCCUUUGGGGUUUUUAAUUGGCCUGCCCUUUGCCUUCAUCUCUCUUCUCCUCUCCGUUGUGGGUGUGUUCAUCUGGAUUGUUGGGUUGGCGUUGACUUGCAUAUGUCCAUGCUGCUUGUGCGUGACGAUCGUAGUUGAGCUUGCACUGGGGUUGAUCAAGGCUCCCUUUUCGGUCAUGAAGUGGUUCACAUCUAAGAUUCCUUGUUAGAUUUCACUAUUUGAUAGUAUUUUUUGUUCAUUGGUUGUUGACCUUCAAAAGGCAUGGGGUCCUUUGGUUCCCCAGCCCAUCUUUGUUCAUUCAUAGUUUCUUUCAAUCUUUCCUCUUUCUAUUCAUUUUUGUUGAAUAUUUAUUCAAUGAAUUUAUGGGGUAAUAUAUCAAAAUUUGUGUUCCAGUUAGAAGCUAUUAUUGGUUUACUAGAUGCAAUUCUGCGCUAUAGUAGAAUUUCACCACAAUGGAUUUUUAUUUUUUAAUA